AUGCCGUCCCUCGACAUCAUCGACCACUCACCCCACCACCCGGACCCGUCACCACCGAUCCCGACGGCCUCCAACCUCAUCCUCAUCGACAACUACGACUCCUUCACCUGGAACGUCUACCAAUAUCUCAUCCUCGAGGGCGCCACCGUCACCGUCUUCAGAAACGACAAGAUCACCCUCCAAGAACUCAUCGAGAAGAAGCCCACCCAGCUCAUCAUCAGCCCCGGUCCAGGUCACCCCGAGACCGACUCCGGCGUUAGUCGCGAUGCCAUCAAGCACUUCGCCGGCAAGAUCCCCAUUUUCGGGGUAUGCAUGGGCCAGCAGUGCAUCUUUGACGUCUACGGCGGAGAGGUUGGGUCCGCGGGGGAAUGGCUUCACGGCAAGACUUCGCCGCUGACCCAUGAUGCGAAGGGCGUGUACGCCGGCCUCAGUCAGGGUCUGCCGGUCACGAGAUACCACUCUCUCGCCGGCACCCGCGUCACCCUCCCGAGCUGUCUCGAGGUCACCUCCUGGGUCGCCGCACCGGAUGGAUCCCCCGGCAUCAUUCAAGGUGUUCGUCACAAGGAGUACACCAUCGAGGGAGUCCAGUUCCACCCCGAGAGCAUCCUCACCGCCCAGGGCCGCACCAUGCUCCGCAACUUCUUGCAUCUCCAGGGCGGUACUUGGGAGGAGAACGCGAAGCUCCAGAAGGGCUCCGCGACGAGCAACGGCGGUUCCAAAGCCGCCGCCGCCCCGGCCAAGAAGAACAACAUCCUGCAGCAAAUCUACGCCCACAGGAAAGAAUCCGUCGCCGCCCAGAAGCUCAUCCCCUCCCAAAGGCCCGCGGACCUGCAGGCCGCCUACGACCUGAACGCCGCGCCGCCCCAGGUCCCCUUCGUCGACCGCCUGCGCCAGACCCCCUUCGACGUCUCCCUCAUGGCCGAGAUCAAGCGCGCCUCCCCCUCCAAGGGCGUCUUCGACAUCAACAUCAACGCGCCCACCCAGGCCCGCAAGUACGCCCUCGCCGGCGCCAGCGUCAUCUCCGUCCUGACCGAGCCCGAGUGGUUCAAGGGCAGCAUCGAGGACCUCCGCGCCGUCCGCCGCGUCCUCGACGGCAUGCCCAACCGCCCCGCCGUCCUGCGCAAGGAGUUCAUCUUCGAGGAAUACCAGAUCCUCGAGGCCCGCCUCGCCGGCGCCGACACCGUCCUCCUCAUCGUCAAGAUGCUCGAGGCCGACGUUCUCGAGAGGCUGUACCGCUACUCCCUCUCCCUCGGCAUGGAGCCGCUGGUCGAGGUCCAGAACGCCGACGAGAUGACGGCCGCGCUGCGCCUCGGCGCCAAGGCCAUCGGCGUCAACAACCGCAACCUCGAGAGCUUCGAGGUCGACAUGGGCACAACGAGCAGGCUGCGCGCCAUGGUCGACGACAAGACCGUCAUCUGCGCCCUCAGCGGCAUCAACAGCCACGCCGACGUCCAGAUGUGCAAGAAGGACGGCAUCGACGCCAUCCUCGUCGGCGAGGCCAUCGUCAGGGCCCCCGACACCACGAGGUUCAUCAGGGAACUGUGCUCCGGCACCGCCGCCGACCCGGAGCCCGCCCCGACGCAACCCCUCUUCGUCAAGAUCUGCGGCACGAGGACGCCCGAGGCCGCCCUCGAGGCCGUCCGGUCCGGCGCCGACUUCGUCGGCAUCUGCCUGGUCCCCGGCGCCAAGCGCUGCAUAUCCGACGAGACGGCCGCGGCCAUUUCGGAAGCCGUCCACUCGUUCAAGCCCACACCACCAGCAGCAGCCGCGGCGACGCCGAGGAUACCCUCAAAGUCGGCCACGGACUACUUCACAGCCUCAGUAUCCAGACUAUCAAACACCCGCCCCUUACUCGCGGGCAUCUUCCAGAACCAGCCUCUAGACGAGGUCCUCGAGAAGCAGAAGCGCUUCGACCUGGACAUCGUCCAGCUCCACGGCAACGAGCCGAUCGAGUGGGCGAGCCUGAUCCCGGUGCCGGUGAUCCGGGCGUUCAAGCCGGACUCGGUCGGCCUGGGCCUGCGCGGCUACCACACGAUCCCGCUGCUGGACUCGGGCGCCGGCUCCGGCAAGCUGCUCGACGUCUCCCGCGUCAGGGACGUCCUGGCCCGGGACCCGGAGCUGCAGGUGUUCCUGGCGGGCGGCCUGAACCCGGACAACGUGGUCGAGGCGGUCGAGGCCGUCGGGGAGUACGGCGGCCGCGUCGUGGGUGUCGACGUGAGCAGCGGGGUGGAGGAGGACGGGAAGCAGAGUCUGGAGAAGAUCAGGACGUUUGUGAAGAACGCGAAGGGUUUCAGGUAG